CACACACACACACACACACAAUCUUUUCUUCUCUUUCCUCUUGCGACUGACCAUGUGGAAUAACAGCAGUGAAAAUAACACCACCUCUGUGGCUGGGAGCACCGCGGUCAUCCAGCAGGCAUUGGGAUUGACUUUAGCGGUCAUGCUAGGGCUGGUGAUUUUCUCCCUGGGCUGCUCGGUGGAGGUGAAUAAGAUCUGGCUCAACCUGAAGCGCCCGUGGGGUAUCUUGGUCGGGCUGGUGUGCCAGUUCGGUAUGAUGCCCCUCACUUCGUACCUGCUGGCUCUGGGGUUCUCCGUCUCACCAGUGCAGGCCAUCGCCAUCAUUGUCGUUGGAUCCUGUCCUGGAGGAACCAUCUCUAACAUCAUUACAUACUGGCUGGACGGCGACAUGGACCUCAGCAUAACCCUGACGAGCGUGUCCACUCUGCUGGGACUGGGCACCAUGCCUCUGAGUCUGUAUCUCUACUCCCGCACAUGGGUGCAGGCAGGGAGGAUGCAGAUCCCUUAUCUGAACAUAGGUCUCGCGUGUAUCAGCCUGAUUGUCCCAGUGACCUGCGGCGUGCUGGUCAAUUACAAGUGGCCAAAAGUGGCACGAAUAUUUUUGAAGGUGGGGUCAAUAGUAGGAGGCUUGGUGAUGUUAGGUGUUGGUAUCGCCAGUAUUUUACUGUACGACGGCCUGUGGAACACAGAAACCUCCAUCCUGGUCAUCGGUAGUGUGUUUCCUAUGAUCGGCUACUUCGCAGGAUUCAUCAUCUCCGUUAUAGUGCGUCAGCCCUGGAACCGGUGCAGGACCAUCGCGAUGGAGACGGGAGCUCAGAACAUGCAGAUCUGUGGUACAGUCCUGCAGCUUUUCUUCCCUCCGCAUCAGCUGUCGCAGGUCAUCACACUUCCUCUGAUGUACAGCUGUUUCCAGCUGCUGACAGGCCUGCUGCUGAUCAUAGCUUAUCAGAUUUACAAGAGGACGCCGUGUAAGAAUUAUUUUAUGACCUCAGAGGAAAAAGGCCAGUCUGAAGACAACAGUCCUAAAGGAGAAAUCAACAGCGCCUUUGAGAGUGACUCUUCCUGUAAAUCUCACAGGGACGUUGAGCAACCUCACGUAUCAGUCACGGAUUUUUAAACAUCUCUCCCUGGAGGAGAGCCAGCGUGAGUCGGCGUAACUCAUGGACUUUUCAUGCACUGUAUAUAUUUGUGUAUUGUGUUUUUUUGUUUUUGUUUUUCUCAGUUCUAACACUGGAUAAGUACUGUGAAACUUAGCUAGUUCAGCUUGGCAAAGCUGGCACUCCAAACCCAAAUCCAUGGAGCUGAUUUUGUGUUAAACUCCUUAAACAAAAUGAUCUACCAGCAAAAAAAAACAGGGAAAUGUUGUGGAUAAAGUUUUUUGUUCUUUAGAGUUUCGACCCAGUUUUCAGCAGGUAGUCGAUUCUUAACCUGCGAUCGCACUAACGAGCGACAAGUUGCUCGCUUCGUAUGAUGUAGCUUGUCGCUUAAGGCUGUCCAUUUUUUUGUAACUCUGAUGAGAAACAGUAGUCGACAAAAUAUAAACCUGCAGCCCAUUAUGCGAUUUCAAAUGUUCAACGUUAAAUGUAACUAUAAACGGAUAAAAUCUAAAUGUUGUUCAUCAAUAAAUUAAAAACUGUAGUCAAGACUGCUAUUGUCCAAGUCCAAGAAUGGGACUAGCCGAGUUUGAGUCGAGGUGAGGCAAGAUGGAGUCCAAAUGAGUCAAUAUAAUAAUGAGGCAGAAAAGCAUUAAAAAUCCUGUUUCACUCUUUACUUCUUUACUAGUCGGCUUCAUGUUUGCACUGCGCCAGUGAUUACGCUGUUUUCUAUAAGGAAUUACUUCUUAUUAAACUUUGUACAUGUGAAAAAAAACACAAACAUUAUUUUUACAAACUCUCAGACAAGAACAAGAUCGUUUUUAGUGAAACCAACCUCCAAGUCCGAGUCCAAACGACACUAAAUCCGAGACAAAUCCAAGUUAAUACAGAAAGUCAUGUAGCCCUAGGUAUAAAAAAAUCUACAUGGCGCUAAUAGUACGUACCUCUGCUCCAUCACACCACCCUGUCACUGAUUAUUUUCCUCUAACAGCGUGACACGGAGUGGUUUAUUUCCUCCACAGGGUCCUUCUCAGUGUGUAAUGGUUCGCUCCAUGGCUGUAGAUUAUGCAUAGUUUAUUUUAUUGUCUUUUUACUGUUCUGUUUUAUUAAGUGAUUUUUUAAAAAUCAUGUUCACUGUUUUAGGAUUGUGACUGGAUUUUAUUUUAUGAUGUUAUUGUAUUAUACAGUACAGAUUCCGAGGUGCUACUGCACAUUAAACACUGAGAAAGUG